CAGCAAUUUUAUAGAUUGACCGACUCUAAGCAAAAGUCUUUCCUUUUGUUUCUCCUUUUCCUCCUCCACUUCUCACUGGAGCUUCCCCGCGCUCGAUCGUCCAGAAAAUUGAACGCCAUGGCAGCAAACUCUUCUCCUUCACAGGGAAAGAGUACAAUGGAUGACCCGGAGAUGAAUGCUCCUCCCAAGAAUGAAACAGAGGAACAGCAAACAAAGAAGAUGCUGAAACGUGUCAUGGCACUAGCUCAAGCUUUCAUUGCCAUUGCCACUAGCAUCCUCACCGCAGCAUUCUCAGUGGGCAAAAAUGUUAAGCUUUACCGGCACGUCCUGGUGGCCGGCGGUUGCUUCCUGGUCAUUGCAUAUCUAUCUGCCCUCCUGCUGGUCUACUUGAAUUUGUUCUUGUCAGGAUGCAGGAAGCUGCACAUGUGGCACCUCCGGUUCAUCCAGCUCUUGUGCGUCACAAGCGGCGCGGCGUUGAUUGCUACGAACUCCCUGCUCCUGGUCCUCAUCAGCGAAGGGAAUGGGUUGCUCUCGCUUAACCUGCUCCCCAUUCAGAUUAUCGUCGUCAUGCUCGCGUACCACGCGACGCCCAUGCGCGAUGAGGCGUUCGAAGCGGGGAUCAAGAGCGGCCGCAAGGUCGCCCUCUUCGCCACGGCGACUGCCUUUGCCGUGCAGACCACGCUCGUGUUCGGCUACCUCAACAACUCCAGCUUCCGGCACCUGGGCCACCGGUUCGACAUCUCGGUGUCCUUCCUGGCGUCAGCGCUGAGCGUGUUCUUGGUCGUGGCCACCUCCAUGCCACUCGGGUACAGGACCGAGGCUGCGAGGGACAAGGUGCUGUCCAUCGUGAGGUACCUAAAGGACGCCGUCAUCGCCGUGCUCGCGGUCACCGCGGUGACUUUUGGCCAGGAGUUCCUCGGUGGCGACGCCGUGCUCGCGCUCUUCCCGGAGAUCGCCGUCGCUGUCAUAUAUUACGCCGCGACCCUGUUCGCCGACGAGGCUGCCGCGCAGGACCCGCGUGGCGUCGUGGAGCACAAGAUGGAGAUGCUGCCGACCGCCGUCGUGGCGACGUUCGGCUUCGGCAUGCUGGGCGCGGCGUACGCGGCGUUGCUCGGCACGCCGGAGUACGACUUGUACACGAAGGCCCUCGUGUUCACCUUGCUCGCCGCCGUCGUCUCCAGCCUGGGGCGAGUGGCGGGGCCGCUCUGCAGCUCCCGGCGUGACAAGAACACGGCGGCGUGGGUGGUGUUCCUGAGCAACAUCCUCCCCAUCGUGGAGAUGCUGGUUGCCGUCCCGCCCGCCGCAAAGGUCGUCAUUAAUUCCGUCCUCGUGUCAUAGCACUGUCAAAUGACGCACACAGAUGAAUGUUGUUGUAUUCUAACAAAAAAAACCCGAAUGCUGUUGUAUUCUAAAACAAACGAAUGUUGUUGCCGUUAGAAUUUUCUGAACAGUGACUGGA